GGCCAAGAAGCAGCAGAGACACUGGCCCACUCUCACGUUCAAAGCGUCUCCGUCCAGCAUGGCCAGGUACAUGCUGCUGCUGCUCCUGGCGGUAUGGGUGCUGACCGGGGAGCUGUGGCCGGGAGCCGAGGCCCGGGCAGCGCCUUACGGGGUCAGGCUUUGCGGCCGAGAAUUCAUCCGAGCAGUCAUCUUCACCUGCGGGGGCUCCCGGUGGAGACGAUCAGACAUCCUGGCCCACGAGGCUAUGGGAGAUACCUUCCCGGAUGCAGAUGCUGAUGGAGACGGUCUGGCAGGCGAGCUGGAUGAGGCCAUGGGGUCCAGCGAGUGGCUGGCCCUGACCAAGUCACCCCAGGCCUUUUACAGGGGGCAACCCAGCUGGCAAGGAACCCCUGGGGCUCUUCGGGGCAGCCGAGAUGUCCUGGCUGGCCUUUCCAGCAGCUGCUGCAAGUGGGGGUGUAGCAAAAGUGAAAUCAGUAGCCUUUGCUAGUUUGAGGGCUGGGCAGCCGUGGGCACCAGGACCAAUGCCCCAGUCCUGCCAUCCACUCAACUAGUGUCUGGCUGGGUACCUGUCUUUCGAGCCUCACACAUUCAUUCAUUCAUCUACAAGUCACAGAGGCCAGGCACUGUGGGCUCAGGCACAGUCUGCCGACACCACUUAUCCAACCCUGCCCUUUGACCAGCCUAUCAUGACCCUGGCCCCUGAGCAAGCUGUGCCCCUGCCUGGUCAAGUGGGGACCCCCGAUCCUGACCCCUGACCUCUCCCCAGCCCUAACCAUGCGUUUGCCUGGCCUACACACUCCACUGCCACAACUGGGUCCCUACUCUACCUAGGCUGGCCACACAGAGACCCCUGCCCCCUUCCCAGUCCAAACUGUGGCCGUUGUCCCCUGACCAGCUAAAAUCAAGCCUCUGUCUCAGUCCAGCCUUUGCACGCACGCUUCCUUUGCCCUGCUUUCCAUACCCUCUCCCUCCAACUCCCCUGCCAGAGUUCCAAGGCUGUGGACCCCAGAGAAGGUGGCAGGUGGCCCCCCUAGGAGAGCUCUGGGCACAUUCGAAUCUUCCCAAACUCCAGUAAUAAAAAUUCCAAGACUUUG